UUGCUUCAGUCUCGCAGCGGCACUCGCGAGUGACGGAUCGCGCGAAUUUCGUGGCUUCUGAACUCGUGACUAACAUCACCAAAAAAAACAAGACCCACCCCCCUUGGUCCCACUCGCAAUUGAAAUCGGCAACUCGUUGCUUUUUGUUUUUCAACCCCCGCAAACAGUUUUUUUUCAUUCACUGCAACUGUUUCAUCCGUACAGCGACGCGUGUGUACGUGCGUAUAUACAUAUAUAUGCCUAUCGAACCCAUGUGUGCAUCAGACACACGCGCGCGCUCGAUCACGGCUAGUUCAAAGUGAUAUUUAUCGAAGAGGAUACCCGGGGUGUGCUUUUCGGAGGAAAGAAAUCUGGAAUUCCGGAUACUGUGUGUGUGAGAAGGGUAAAAGAAAAGCCCAAGAAAUCAAGGGGAUACAAGGACAAUUCCUUAGGAGCUCCUUGCGGCCGUCUGUCGAAACAAUCGUCCGGACACCUGUAUUGAGCAACACCACCUUCCUUCGCUCUUCCUUCUUCUUCCUCUCUCUCUCUCUCUCUCUCUCUCGUUGCUUGAAAUUACUGCAAGUACUUCCUUGUGUGCUGUGCGAAUCGCCCAAGAAAAAAGAAAGGAACAAGCCAAGAACAUCAGCUGAGAAGCCCAAGGAGCGAGCAUACAAACUGGUUCGACUUUGGCCAUCGCUCGAGCUGACGUUGCCAACUGCGACGAGACUUUGAAAGCUAAAAGCAGCGGCAGCGGUGACGUCAAAAUCGGGCGCAGAUCUCACGACGGCCCCCAGCGCCGAGGCCAUUGGCAACGACAACAACAACAACAACAACAACAACAUCAUCAUUAUUACUCUUUGCAAGUUGCCAAGGCUAACUGCCCGAGUACCAGCCCGAAAAUUCUCUUCUCCAAGCCAAAGAUGCACAUGGAGGUGCAGGUGGCCCUCAACUUUAUAAUAUCGUACCUGUACAACAAGCUGCCGAGGCGGCGGGUCAACAUAUUCGGCGAGGAGCUCGAAAAGGCCCUCAAGGACAAGUUUCAGGGCCACUGGUACCCGGAGAAGCCGUUCAAGGGCUCGGCCUUCCGAUGCCUCAAAACCGGGGACCCCGUGGACCCGGUCCUCGAGCGCGCAGCCAAGGAGAGCGGCGUCCCCAUCCAGGACAUCCUCGAGAACCUCCCGGCCGAGUUGGCCGUCUGGGUCGACCCGGGCGAGGUCAGCUACCGCAUCGGCGAGACCAGCCAGAUCAAGAUACUCUACUCGGAGAACACGGACCCGCACGACGAGUCCUCGGCGGACCGCGAGGUCACCAAGACCUUCAACCCCGAGGCCCAGUGCUUCCGGCCGAUCGAGGCCGUGGGUAGCUCGCUGAGCGGCCUCAGCCUCAGUCCCAAGUCCAUCUCGCCCUUCUCCAACCACCAGGGCCCCAUGGCUCUCGGCAACAGUAGCAGCAACAGCAGCAGCAGCAGCAGCAGCAGCAGCAGCAUCAUCAGCAACGGCUGCGGCCAGCAGUCCCAGGCCCAACAGCAGCCCCAACACUCCCAGCAGCAACCACCACCACCACAAGUCCAACAAGCCCAACAGCAGCCCCAACAGCAGUCCCAGCAGCCACAGCAGAACGGCCACGUGUCCGGCUCGUCGUCCGCUCCCUCGCCCACGCCACUCGCCGGCUCGUUCAAGGGCUCGCCUAGUCCCGUGCCGGCCUUCAUACCCAGGAGCACGGCCCCGCUCACCUUUACCACGGCCACCUUUGCCCAGACCAAGUUUGGCAGCACCAAGCUCAAGUCCAGCAGCAAGCGCGUCAACAGGAUGUCCCCCACCGAGUUCUCAAACUACAUAAAGCAGCGGGCGAUGCAGCAGCAGAUCCACCACCAUCACCACCAGCAGCAGCAACACCACCAGCAGCCCCAGCCGCAGCCCGGAGUCCAGGGACCCCCGACCCCGGGUGGACUGCCCGUCUCCCAGAGCUCGCCCAACAGCCGCAGCCUGUCCCCCGGCGGUGGCCUCGUCAACGGCCACAACCAGCACGCCGCCGCGGUGGCCGCCGAUCCCGGCGCCUACUUCUUCCACCAGGCGCCCCCGCCGUCCGCCCCCUACCACCCGCAGUUCCCCUUGCGCAACAUCUUCGACUCGGCGAGCUCGCACAACGGCUAUCUGGCCCCCACGGCCACCGACCUCUACGCCGGGGCCAAGUUCCCCUCGUCCUACUUCGACCCGGGCACGAUCGGCCACCAAUUCUACGGUGGCGUCGGCAACGCCGGCUCGCCCCAAAGUCCCUCCAACAAUCUCGGCCCCAUCGGCUCGGGCAGCUCGGUCGUGGUCGGGAGCUCGGGGGCCUCGGUGGGGGGCCCGACGCAGCAGCAGCAGCAGCAGCAGCAAAGCGCCGCCGACAAGGCCAACCUCGUCGAUGGCCUCAACAACUUUGGAUUGGGCUCGGUCACGCCCUACCCGGCCAGCAACUACCAGCACCUCCUCGUCGCCAAUUAAUACGCCGGUGGCUUGCGCUCGACAAUCGCUUGAUUGGCCGUCACUGCGAGUGCUGGUCGAGGUGUCUCUCAUUCAUCCCUCCCUAUGCCCCUCCAACCCUGAAAUCUCAGCACUUCCCUGUGUAAGCGUGCAUUAAGCGUGUGUAAUGUGUGUGUAAAUUAAAGACAACAACGGCAUCAUCAUCAUCAUCAUCAUAGCGGGGAGAACGUGGACGGCUGCUGUGCAUCGUCGGGGACACGCCUCGAGACUGCCGGUCGUUCUCGGGACUCGGCAGUGGAGUGCCAGGGUGACCCGCAACCGCGCUCUCAUCACACUUGUUUUCUUUUCUUACUUUUGUACCACUGAUGACGGCUGUUAUUAUAUAUUGUUAUCGUUGUUGCUUUCACCCAUCCCCUACCCGCCCUCCCAACCACCUCGCAAUAUCGGUGUGUAAUGUCAUAUUGUACAGCUGUGACGGGCUGGAGUGUAAUCUGUGCGUAUAUAUAUAUAGCCAAUGCGAAGGAAGAACAAAGCAGAAACGAUACCGAUUUUUUUUUUUU